UGGCAGUGUGAGUGACGAUGGUGAUUACUGGUCGGUCUGAGUGUGUCCUCUGCCUGCUGACGCUGCCUGCCUGCCUGCCUGCCACCACACAAGCCGUGUCAUCAAAACGCCAGCAGGGAAACAGCGCCCCCUAACGUCAAUAUUCCUCCAGGCUCCCACCCCACCUCUCACAAACUCACAUUCCCUCCUGGCUUGCCACAUUACUCGUAUCUCGCAACAAAGCCAGACACAGAGCUGAAGAUGUCCUGGAAGUAUGCAACCCUCCUGGCUCUCCUCACUGUGCUUCUGGCACUUUCCUUGUUUCCAGAGGCCGACUCUGCAGCUGUGCCCGGCAGCACUAAAGAUCCACAAGGUCCGCUGAAGAGGAUCUUCAUGAAAGAGGCAGAUGCCUCAAACUUCUUCAGAAAACGAAGCAGACGCGCCUCAAAGUCUCAGGAUGAGAUCCACGCUGAGCAGAUGCAGAUUCUAGCAGCAGAUGAACGAAAGAGAGAGUUUCACGAGGAGAAGAGGAACCAGUAUGAGAACUUCGCUGAAGAGGAGGACGAUGAGCAAAACGAGAGGAGCAGAGAGAGCACCGAGCAGUGGAAGGAGUUUCACUACGACGGGAUGUAUCCUCCUCAAGAGUACAACCGUCAGUCCACCUGAGAACGAGGGCUGAAGAGAGGAGAGAGAUGCCGGAAGCUUUUACAGAAACAUCUUCAACUGCACAAUGUUUCUCCUCUGACCUUAACAGUUGAGAUAUCAGCU